AUGUACAAGGUGACCACAGGCCAUACAUCGUUCCAGCUCAUGUAUGGCCAAGAGGUGGUGGUACCGACAGAGUGCACCGUACCAAGCCUACGGAUUGUUGUUGAUAAUCGAUUGGGAGAUGAGGAGAGUUUGCAUGCUCGACUUAUGAACCUCACCAAGCUAGAUGAACAUCGGAUGAUGGCACAAUGGGUGACAGAAGUGGCCCAACGUUGGAGGAAAUACUGGCACGACAAACAUCUUCGAUGGACAAACUUUCAUCCCAGACAAUUGGUCCUCGAGUAUAACGGCCGCAACGAACUUUGUCCUGGGAAGUUCAAAGUUCAUUGGUUGGGGCCCUAUAAAAUCAAGGAAGUGGGGAAGAAUGGAGCAGUGAAACUAUCUACCUUGGAUGAUAAUCCAAUUCACAACCCUGUCAAUGGUUCGAAGUUGAAAUUGUAUCAGGAACGUGAUAAACCAUUCCUAUCAAUCAACAUGUUGGGAUAUACAACAAAGGGAGACUAG